AUGCCUCGUCGGUUUAGCAGCAACUCCUCCAACGACACUUCCACCUCGCCGUCCUUUUCGCCUUCUUCGGGAAAGGGCGGUAUCUCCAAGGCCCCCACGGUCAAGUCCAAUCGUCUGUCCCAAUUCUUCUCGGUCUCUCCCAAGUCCAAGGAACAGACGCCAAGUGGGCACUCCCAACCUAAUACUUCUCCGCCGAUCAGUUCGGCAUCACUGUCCUUACCGACGAUAUCGUUAUCAACAGCUACAGCGGAUAGUCUAAACAUGGACGAGCUUCCCAAGACUCUCUUCCAGCCCCCAACUCCGGAGGAGGCCCGUCGGCAGGCCAAGCAACAUGCCCAAUUUGGUCAGAUCGGUCACCCCAGUCACCGGUACACCAGUCGGCACCCUGGUGGUGCCUUCCCGGAGCCGGUGAUGGACGAGCCGCCUUAUUAUUACCUCCUCACCACCUAUAUCAGUUACCUAAUCCUAAUUGCUUUCGGACACGUGCGUGAUUUCUUCGGCAAGCGUUUCCGGGAAGAGAACUACCGCCACCUCAAGCCUCGCAAUGGAUACGGUGCUCUCAACAGCGAUUUCGACAACUUUUACGUGCGUCGUCUAAAAUUGCGUAUCAAUGACUGCUUCGAACGCCCCAUUACCGGUGUUCCCGGCCGAACUGUGACCCUGAUCGACCGGGCCACGGAUGACCACAACCAGCACUUUUACUUGACCGGUACCACGACCGAUACACUGAACCUGAGCUCGUACAACUACCUUGGUUUCGCUCAGUCAGAAGGCCCCUGUGCCGAUUUGGCGGAGGAGUCGAUCCGGAAAUACGGAAUCACAGCCCCAAGUACCCGCGCGGAAUCCGGCACCCAGGAUAUGCACAUUGAAGUCGAGGAUUUGGUCGCCAAGUUUGUUGGUAAGGAAGCUUCCAUGGUUUUCUCCAUGGGAUUCGGUACCAAUGCCACCAUUUUCCCCGCCCUCGUCUCCAAGGGUUGUCUCCUGAUCUCCGAUGAACUCAACCACGCUUCGAUCCGUUUUGGUGCUCGUCUCUCCGGUGCAUCCAUCGCCAUGUUCAAGCACAAUGACAUGCGGGAUCUCGAAUUACGGCUUCGGGAAGCUAUCUCUCAAGGUCAGCCUCGUACUCACCGCCCGUGGAAGAAGAUUCUGGUUGUGGUCGAGGGUCUGUACUCGAUGGAAGGCUCCAUGUGCAAUCUUCCUAGCCUUGUGGAACUGAAGCGCCGUUACAAGUUCAACCUGUUUGUUGAUGAGGCCCACUCCAUUGGUGCCAUCGGUCCCAAUGGUCGCGGUGUUUGUGAUUACUUCGGCAUCGAUACCGCCGAGGUGGAUAUUCUCAUGGGAACACUUACCAAGUCGUUCGGUGCCAACGGUGGAUACAUUGCCGCAGACAAGGUCAUGAUCGACCAGCUCCGAGCCACGAACCCUGGUGUCUUCUACGGCGAGUCACCCGCACCGGCAGUUCUUUCCCAGAUCGCCUCCGCUCUGCGUAUCAUCAGCGGUGAGAUGGUCCCCGGCCAGGGUGAGGAGCGACUGCAGCGCUUGGCCUUCAACUCGCGAUACCUUCGUCUGGGUUUGAAGCGUCUUGGCUUUAUAGUGUACGGCCACGACGAUUCGCCAAUCAUCCCUGUUCUGCUCUUCAACCCGGCUAAAAUGCCUGCAUUCUCCCACGAGAUGCUCCGGCGCAAGAUCUCCGUUGUUGUUGUCGGCUACCCGGCUACUCCUCUGGUUUCAUCCCGUGCUCGUUUCUGUGUCUCUGCGGCCCACACCAAGGAGGACCUGGACCGUGUUUUGACUGCCUGUGACGAAAUUGGCAAUGUCCUCCAGCUGAAGUUCUCCACUGGUAUUGCUGGUGGUGCACUCCCUGCCGCCGAACAAUCUGCUCCUCCCCCAGAGAUGGAGAAGGAAUGGCACCGCAGGCGCUCAGAGCACCUCACCCCUCCUCGCUGGCGCAUCGAGGAUGUCAUCCGCCGCGGUGUCCAGGAUGUCAAAUCUCCCUUGUUUUAA